UUUCCUAUGCAAAAGAGCCCAGGCAGAAAGACAAACCUAAAUAAGAAUCUAACUUCUGUGAGAAGCUGUGAAGAGUGAUGCUGGCAGCUGCCUUUGCAGACUCUAACUCCAGCAGCAUGAAUGUGUCCUUUGCUCACCUCCACUUUGCCGGAGGGUACCUGCCCUCUGAUUCCCAGGACUGGAGAACCAUCAUCCCGGCUCUCUUGGUGGCUGUCUGCCUGGUGGGCUUCGUGGGAAACCUGUGUGUGAUUGGCAUCCUCCUUCACAAUGCUUGGAAAGGAAAGCCAUCCAUGAUCCACUCCCUGAUUCUGAAUCUCAGCCUGGCUGAUCUCUCCCUCCUGCUGUUUUCUGCACCUAUCCGAGCUACGGCAUACUCCAAAAGUGUUUGGGAUCUAGGCUGGUUUGUCUGCAAGUCCUCUGACUGGUUUAUCCACACAUGCAUGGCAGCCAAGAGCCUGACAAUCGUUGUGGUGGCCAAAGUAUGCUUCAUGUAUGCAAGUGACCCAGCCAAGCAAGUGAGUAUCCACAACUACACCGUCUGGUCAGUGCUGGUGGCCAUCUGGACUGUGGCUAGCCUGUUACCCCUGCCGGAAUGGUUCUUUAGCACCAUCAGGCAUCAUGAAGGUGUGGAAAUGUGCCUCGUGGAUGUACCAGCUGUGGCUGAAGAGUUUAUGUCGAUGUUUGGUAAGCUCUACCCACUCCUGGCAUUUGGCCUUCCAUUACUUUUUGCCAGCUUUUAUUUCUGGAGAGCUUAUGACCAAUGUAAAAAACGAGGAACUAAGACUCAAAAUCUUAGAAACCAGAUACGCUCAAAGCAAGUCACAGUGAUGCUGCUGAGCAUUGCCAUCACCUCUGCUCUCCUGUGGCUCCCCGAAUGGGUAGCUUGGCUGUGGGUAUGGCAUCUGAAGGCUGCAGGCCCGGCCCCACCACAAGGUUUCAUAGCCCUGUCUCAAGUCUUGAUGUUUUCCAUCUCUUCAGCAAAUCCUCUCAUUUUUCUUGUGAUGUCGGAAGAGUUCAGGGAAGGCUUGAAAGGUGUAUGGAAAUGGAUGAUAACCAAAAAACCUCCAACUGUCUCAGAGUCUCAGGAAACACCAGCUGGCAACUCAGAGGGUCUUCCUGACAAGGUUCCAUCUCCAGAAUCCCCAGCAUCCAUACCAGAAAAAGAGAAACCCAGCUCUCCCUCCUCUGGCAAAGGGAAAACUGAGAAGGCAGAGAUUCCCAUCCUUCCUGAUGUAGAGCAGUUUUGGCAUGAGAGGGACACAGUCCCUUCUGUACAGGACAAUGACCCUAUCCCCUGGGAACAUGAAGAUCAAGAGACAGGGGAAGGUGUUAAAUAGAUUUAAGUUUCAAAGCAAAACAAACUGUGACUAUUGUAUUUACUUGUACUGCUGCUUAUCAAUAUUGCUGACUUUACAAACUAUGAUAUAAUUAUUACCAUUAGGAAUUAUAAAAAUAUUUCACAAUCUACACUUUCCAAAUGUGCAAUGUGGUAAGUAGAGAACCAUGUUAGAAGUAAUAAUUGUUUCAGAAUUAGAACUUGGCUUCCCAAUUUAAGUGUUGUGUAAAGAUGUUGCUGUCAAAGUGAUUAGACAGCCUGGCUAUUCUGUCAUUUGUUCACAGUGGUUUUACUGGGUACCCCCUAGGACCAGCCCUGUAGUGGACCGGCUGGAGCCUGCAGUAGAAGUUCUGUCAAAGCUGAGCCCCUUUAACUUCAGUUUCACCCGGGACCUGCUAGUCCUAAUUUUACCUACUAAAUUGUAUUUCACAUAACCAAAGCUCAAAAUCUACUUUCACUUGAGAUUUUUAACACAUUAAUGAUAAAUUUUAAUGCGUUCUUCAUUUACUUAAUAAGUGUUAAUUUACUUGAUGAAAAGUCCGUAUCAUAAUGUUCAUGACUGAAGGUCAAAGAAAAAGAAACAGCACCUUAUUCCAAUUCUGGACUCAUUUCAAGCCAUGGCUGGUUCUGGCUAAGUUUAAAUAAAUUCAAACUUAUACUAAAGCCUGCUUCAGUGAACUUUUUAAAGCUACCUGAAUGAGUCUUCAGUUUCUAAGUCUGAGAAUUGUAGCAGCUUUCCAAUGACAUUCAGCAGUCUGAUAUGGGGGGAAAAAAUACUUAAAAAAUGCCCUCUCUUCACUUCCAAAAUGUGGGAAGGUUAUUUUUCUAUAAGCAGAAAUGUGUUCCUCCUAAUAUCUCCUUUCUCCCAAGAUAAACCAUGGUUAAUGAUAUAGUUAUAGAUUACUCCUCAAAUACAAAUAGAAGAUGGAGAUGGUGAUCUUUCUUGUUAAUGGUACUAAACUUACCCUUACUCAGAACAUUGAACUUGAACCCUACUCAACUUUUAAAAUACUAUAGGAUUUCUAAGUUAUAAAAAUAAUCGAGCAACCUGAGAAAGAGAUUAAUAUCAAAAAGAGAAAAUUCAACAAAUGCAAGACAGAAUUUGGUUAAGAAUACAAAAUAAAAAGCAUAAGGGCAAUGCAGAAAGAAAAGCAGUAAAACUGUGUACCCAGACAUAUGGUAAAAUCUGAGUAACAGGCAAUAACCAUUCAUUUUAUAGCAAGGUAAAACAUACCCAAUAAAACAUGAUUAUGAUAUAUUUCUGCCCCUUUUAAGUAUAAUGACAUUCACCCAUGAUUCUUGAUUACUUUGUUAUGGAACUCGGGUAUUUUCACUGAAAGGUUCCCUCAGAAUAGAAAUGCCUUUAGGGCAAACCAAGCCAUGGAGAAUCUGAAAUAUAAAGGAUAUGUUAUGGAAAAAAAAAGAUUUUGUUUUUUAUGUUGUCUAUGGGUUUCCGGAUUCUUUGCUUUUUCAUAAGUGGUCAUAGUUUGCUUUUUAACACAGGAGGUAGGGCUGUAUUCUUUUUACAUCCUUCAUUACAAAUUUUAUUUGAAGCUCAUGUAUUCAAAUAAAGUAAAAUUUAACCCAAGAAUCCAAAAUAUUGUUUUGUGAUAUGGUAGUUAUAAAAAGGAUUAUCAUUGUCUGUGAUUAUUUGAAUUAAUAAUUUUUAUGUUCAUUAUAUGCAGUAAAUUUAGGAUGUAAGCUUCCAGGGUUUGACACUUUAAACUUGUAAAGAAAUAAAAAUAAUUACGCUUUACUUCAGAUAGUUUUUGGAGAUUUAAAGCUGUCUUUGUCUUGAAUUAUCAUUCCAAAAUCACUAUUAGGAACAAUGGAGCUUUAUGGGGCUGUUCGACCUUAACACUGGAACAGGUCUCAGGGUGAACUGAUUUUCAGUUUGCUAACAAGCACCAAAUCAAGAUGCAGACACUGGAACAAAGAGUAAUUACAAUGAACCUUUCAUUAAGAACCUGAUACACAAAGUUAAGUCCCGACUUGAUCCCUUAAAAAAUCUGCUUAGAGAAGUUUGAUUUGUAUCUUAUCUGAUCAAACCCAGAUACUUUAAGACAAAAGUAGGAAAUUAGAACAGAUAUCACCAAACUGUUUUCUUCUCACUUCUCUACUGUGAGAAACAAUGUAGUAAGUGGGCAAACAAUACUAUGUGGAAUUCAGAAUAACAAAAUAAGGCAUUCUGGAAACUUUACCCUUGUGAGACAGUCAUAUUUCUACAUACUACAUAAUAGUUGUGCUCCUUUUGGCAAGCACUUCAAUUUCAUUCCUCACAGUACUUAAAAAUCACUCAAUGAACUUAUAAAAUGAACUUCAAAGAAAGAAAAAAAAGGAAACAGAAGAAGGCCAGGUGUGGCGGUUGACGCCUGUAAUCCUAGCACUUUGGGUGGCCAAGGUGGGAGAAUGGCUUGAGGCUAGGAGUUUGAGGCCAGCCUGGGCAACAGAGUGAAACCAUUUCUAAAAA